CAGCUGUUUUUGUUUUUUCUUUCCUCCUUAGAAACCUAUCUAUCAAAAAACAAAUAAUAUAAUAUGAGAGUUGUAUCAAAUUCCGAACAAGAAAGCGCCAGUCGUCAUGCUAUGAAGGGAUUUGCCAUUGGUAUUGCUCAGUGGGGUUCCGUUGGUCUCUUUGCCUCCGGUUUACUUUACGCUUUUGCACCUUGGUAUAAGAAGACACAAACAGUGAACAAGUUUUAUAUUGUCAUGUGUUUUGGUUUAGGUGGUGGAGCAUACAAAUCUGAUAGAUACAUGGUCAACUUUGAACGUAGAGGAAGAGCACAAACAUUAGACGAAGAGACUAAGAAGAGAUAUGAGUUACUUUACGGUAAUGCUGUCGAAGCCCAAAAGGCUUUAGAAACCCCUUCUGCUGCUUAAAUUAUAACUAUCCUUUUGUAAAUAAAUAAAUAAAAAAAAGUCGACCCUA